CGUGACGUCCUUGCCCGGGCUGCAGGGGGAGGCCGCGGCGGGGAAGAUGGCGGACGGGAAGGCGGGAGAGGACAAGCCAGAGAAGCCGCAGCGAGCCGGAGCCGCCGGAGGACCUGAAGAAGAAGCAGAAAAACCUGUGAAAACUAAGACUGUUUCUUCCAGUAAUGGAGGGGAAAGUUCCAGUCGCAGCGCUGAAAAGCGAUCGGCUGACGAAGAAGCUGCAGACCUCCCAACAAAGCCUACAAAGAUCUCCAAGUUUGGAUUUGCCAUAGGUAGUCAGACGACAAAGAAAGCAUCAGCCAUCUCCAUCAAACUUGGAUCAAGUAAGCCUAAGGAAACGGUUCCAACUCUUGCUCCAAAAACCCUUUCAGUAGCAGCAGCUUUCAAUGAAGAUGAAGAUAGUGAGCCAGAAGAAAUGCCUCCAGAAGCAAAGAUGAGGAUGAAGAAUAUUGGAAGGGACACACCAACAUCAGCUGGACCAAACUCCUUUAAUAAAGGAAAGCAUGGCUUUUCCGAUAAUCAGAAGCUAUGGGAGCGAAAUAUAAAAUCUCAUCUUGGAAAUGUA